UAGACGACAUGUUGCGCGGGAAUCGCCGACGGCCCUAUUCGUAGCUUGCGCCGCCCCGACACCAAAACCGAAGUUCAAAACCCUCAGUCGUCAGAACAUAGUAGCAGAGCUCGCGGCAUGGGCACGCAGCGCUGCGACCUCCUUUGUUUGUUUGUCAGUGCUGGGAAUCAAAUUAGGGCGCAGAUGGAGAUAGCCUGUCCGGAUAUGGCCUACAAUUAUGGUUCCCUGAUAUGGAGGAGUUGGGCUUCCAUUAUGCGCGCCGGGCUCUUCGUCGAUGGCAGCCAACUCCGACCGCGCUAUUGGUCUGUGGUACUGCUAUUCUUUACCCUAAUGGUUGGCAGCAGCAGCGGAUGUGUCCAGGUACAAAGCACCCUUCACUCCCAUCCGUGGGAUCGGGAGUUUCGCGUCGAUUCCCAGCCGGGUAGGGAAGAUGGCAGUCGGUCGCUAGGUGCUGCAGGGCGGGCCCCGUCCGAGUUGACGGUCCUGCACCCGUCUCUGUUUGUGAACAUCACGGCGAGAGCUGUGCUCGCCCACACACCCCAGCCACCCUUCGACAGAUCGACGGCGGGGAACGGUUCAUCUUGGUGCGGAUCGAUGGUGCGCAACAUCGUCUUUCUUCCGAACAGCACGCGGUUCUAUUACAUUCUCGAAGAGCGCUGCACUGUCCAGGGAAUCAUUGCUCAAUCGCGUCUUUCCUUCAGGAAAGCGGAUCUGAUUGACGUGAUAGAGGGAAGGAAAUCCGUCCUUGAGGAGUCGAUCGUCGUCAGCUAUGGGUGGGCCGUUCACGGUCUGGACGGUGAAGCGCCUACGUCUUCUUCCCCCACCGUGUUCGAGAGCAAUCAGAGCUCAUUGACUCUGGCUAUGGCGGAGGGCAUGGAUCUCUCCCCGGACGGAUCGCAUCUCCUUCUCGGUCUGUCUUCAGCGAAUCUGACCUUGCUGUCGACGAGCGAUGGCUCCCGAACGUCCAUCCCURUGGCAGCUGACAAGAUCUCAACCUUAGCGCUCAAUCCGACGAAGACARAGCUGUACAUGGUAGAUAAUUACAAGCCGGCUCGCCUUCUUUCUCUGUYGAUUGGCCCAUCAGGCUUCCCCAUCGACGGGAUGAAUGUCGAAACAAUUGCAGUCUUCGACUCCCGCAGCGGUGAGCCGGACGCAUCCCAGGUCGCCAUCGGCACUCAGACGACUUCUCUUUCUGACUUGCACUCUGCAGACGGCUGUGUUCUUCUAUGGGAUCGACCUAGCGAUCGGAUAUGGAGAGUCGAGUCGGCACUUUGGACAGAGUCGUCCUCUUCCCGCCCAACUGUUUUGGCGGGAACUCCGUCACCGGAUAACGGCAAUCUUACSGACGUCGGAGGCGAUGGUUUGAACGUCUCUUUCGCUGGCUUGCGAGAUAUGGCGAUGACAUCGGACGGGUGUAACGUCUUCGUCUUGGAAGUGUCAGGCUACCUUAGCUGGGUGCAGGUAGACUCGCCGUGCGGAAAAGCACAGAGGGUGGAGACGGUGGCGCGAAGUUCCACGAAGGGAUUCUGGGGACCGGCGCUCCUUGAGCUCAACGACCGUUUGCAUCUGUAUAUCGGCACAGAUGACGGCCACCUUCUCGAACUUGAGAUCGAUAAGUCGCAGCUGCACACGUGCUUGCUUCCCGCCGCCAUUCCGCCGUCUAAGAGUACUCCCAUUUCCUCCUCCCCUCCGUUGACUGACAGUGCGACGGCCGUCGUUGUUAACGGCAGCNUUUCCUCCUCCCCUCCGUUGACUGACAGUGCGACGGCCGUCGUUGUUAACGGCAGCGACGAUCCGCCACGCCGAACUCCAGGAGCAAGUCCUGCGGCCGUCUCAGGGGAGAGCGUUCCUCCGCUACGGAGUGAACCCUCAAUUUCGUGUAGUGGCUGUCGACGUGUACCUCUCAAGGUCAUGAUUCCGGUGGUCACUCUCUGUGGCAUCGUUCUAAUGAGUUUCCUCUAUGGGCUUUGCCUCGUUACACGCGUCAGACGUGAUGGAGGAGUUCAAGCUCAGGCGCCAGAACAGGGACCAUGGGUCGAUACUACCGACUCCCCUGGAAAUCUUGAUAUCCACCUCUGCAGCGAGCAGGUAUCCUCCCCCUUCUCCACAGUCUAAGGGAAGGGCGUCUCGCAGUGAGAACGGCCCCAAAAAAGCCGUUCCUCCGAUUCCCCAAUGUAGUUAACCUAGCCUCUAACAUCU